GUAAGGGGGCGCCGGGAAGAGGGAGGUGGAAGGGAAAUUCAGUCCUCCCCCGCUCACAGGAAAGGCUUCGGGCCUCGCCGGCCGGCUGAUACAGAGCGAUGGGCAGACUCCCGGAGUAGUCAGAGGGCCGUUGCCAACCUCCUCUUGUGAACGGAUUGGAAACGCAUUCAGCAGGCGAGUGGCACGCCGGACUGCGAUAAAGGGCAUGCGCGCUUGCUUGCUAGGGAGUAAGCUUAAUUGAGUUCAGUGGUGAGCUGCUUCUGAAAGGCAAUUUUACAAUAAAAGGUGCCUGGAACCAGUAAGCAGCUGUGCCUUUGAAGAAAGCAAGAUGGAUAAGAAAGCAUUUGAGAUGGUGCUUGAUGAAAUUAGAAGGGCUGUGUUGAUGGAGUACAAAUUAAAAGCCAUUGAGUAUGUACAUGGAUACUUUUCUAGUGAGCAGGUUGUUGAGUUGCUGAGAUACUUCUCUUGGGCUGAACCACAGUUAAAGGCAAUGAAGGCAUUACAGCAUAAAAUGGUAGCUGUUUCUGCCUCAAAAGUGGUUAACAUCCUCAACUGUUUCACUUUUAGCAAAGACAAGCUUAUUGCACUAGAACUGUUGGCUUCCAAUAUAGUUGAUGCUCAGAAUUACCGCCUUAUUGAAGACCUCUUCAAAAUUAGCCUGUCUGAGAAGAAGAGAUGCAGGAGAAUUCUUGAACAGGCUUCCAAAGGAGGUUGCAAAGCACCUCAUGCUAUGAUAUCUUCCUGCGGUAUGAUUCCUGGAAACCCUUAUCCCAAGGGAAGGCCCAGCCGGAUAAAUGGCAUUUUCCCAGGGUCACCUAUCAAAAAGGAGAAUGAAGAGUACACAAAUGAAGGCAAAGGAAUCGCAGCCCGUAUUCUUGGCCCAUCCAAACCAGCUCCAGCAACAUACAAUCCGCACAAGCCUGUUCCUUAUCCUAUCCCUCCUUGCCGACCUCAUGCAACCAUUGCACCAACAGGUGCUUUCAACAAUGCUGGUCUUGUUCCACUAGCCAAUGUCAUAGCCCCUGGCUUGCCAGCUCCACCACCAUACACUCCUAGUCAUGUUGGAACAGGUAAAGCAGAAAAUGAAGAGCUUUCCAAUCAGGCAAAAUCUUCCCAAAGCCAAGCUUUUGCUACACAAACGAAUCAUCUCUUUACACCUCAUGGUUCUAUCCCUGCUGCUACUUCAGCCCCUACCCCAUCAUCUGUUAAGGCAAUAAGCCACUCAUCGACACUUGCAUCUCCAACCAUCCCAGGGAUAAGCAUGUCCACCCCUGCUCUUCCUGUCUUCCCUGGGCAGGUCAUCUCCUCCAUCCAUCAGCCUCAACCAUCGUCAACUCCUACUCCCACUGUUGUCAAAUCCCAUUCCUUGCCUAGUGUUCCUUCCACAUCCACUCAUUGUGCCACCUCCGCUCCCCUCCCUGCCACUUUCUCUGGGCUGUCUUCUGUGCUGCCUGCUGCAGCAGCCCCUCAAGGGCUUUCCACACAGUGCGCCACUCCUGCACCUAAUGAAGCUUUUGCAUCUGCCUCAGCAUCCUUUGCCAGCCUGCCUUUUCCUGCAGCGUCUGUCACUGUCUCUGCCAGUAACUCCAGUUCAUUGUCAUCUGCUUUCACUGGCCUUCCUUUGUCCCUGACUCCCACUCCACAGGGGAUAGCUAGUCCCAUUCCCUCUGCCAUUGCUGGUUCUCCUGCCACUAGCCUCCCCUGUCCUCUUAACUUGCCAAACCCUCUUCUGUCAGUCUUAAAGGGGUUUCUGUCUGUAAAUGACAGUUCUGUAAUGAGCUCGACGGCUUUGCCUUCUGCCAUGACAGCUGAACUUGCUUCUUUAUCCAGUCUCACAAGCCAGAACUCUGAAGCUUCCUCUUCAUCCAGUAACAAAUGUUACACUCCAACCGCUACCUCUGCCCUUCAGCAUCCUUCCACUCCAGGACUGGCCAUUUUCCCUGGACUCCCAUCUCAGUCUCCAGCUAGCAACAGUGCAAUCCCACCUGCAUUACCAACACCGUCCCCAUUGGCCACAUUGCCAUCCUCCAUUAUUCCAGUCAGUGGUGCCUCCUCAGUUGCUCUUUCUCAUUGUACAAGCCCUGCUAAUCCUGAACAGCAUGUUUCAUCCACCCCGACAGCCCCAGCUCUUCCAGCUCUGGUCAAAACAGAACCCACCAGCCCUACUCUUUCAGGUUUCAAAGGCCCUUUGCAUUCCACUGGGCCUGCUCACAGCACUUCUGGCUUAUCAGCAGCACUUGGGCAUGUAUAUACCUCUACUAGUUCCUUGCCAGUCACCCUCCCCAGUUCCCUGAACCCAGCACUCUCCAGCCUGUCCUCCUUGAGUUCUCCUCUCAACAGUUCACCUUCCAUUGCUCCCCAUGGCUCCUCCGCUCCAAUAGCUCCUGUAUAUAAUGCACUCCCACCUUUUACGUCGCUGACCAGUGGCUUUGCUUUUCCUGGCAACCCAGCACUUACCCCAACAGGGUCUCUAUUGCCCAUUCCGCCCACAACGUCAUCGGCCAUCUCCGUGCCUCAUGCCAGUUCCACCAGCACUGUCCUUCCAACGCUCAUUGCUUCAGCAGCUGCCCCAGCUCCACCAUUCCCCCUUAACCUCUGCAGUGCUGUCCCUUCCCUGUUUUCUGUGCCUCAGGUCCCUCUAGGCUCAUGCAGCUCAUCCUUCCCACCUUUCCCUGUCUCUAACACUCCCUCUGUCACUCCUGCUCUCCCUUCUUUCCCUGGGCUCCAGGCAUCUUCUACAGUAGCAGCAGUCACCCCGCUACCGGCAGCUGCCACAGCCCCAGCGCCAGCUCCAGUGCUGCCAGGGUUUGCCUCGGCCUUUAGCUCAAACUUCAACUCUGCACUUGUGGCCCAGGCUGGCCUGACUUCUGGGCUUCAAGCCCCUGGAAAUACAGUUUUCCCAGGACUCCUCUCUCUUCCCGGCAUCCCUGGACUUGCCCAGAGUGCCACACAGUCUUCCCUGCAGGAACUGCAGCACACUGCAGCCGCACAGUCAGCAUUGCUACAGGCCCAUUCAGCUUCUGCUCUAGAAAACUAUACAUCUCAGCCUGAUGGUUUUACUACAUACCCGCCAGCAUCAAGAACACCAGGAGCACCUUUUACAUUGCAAGCAAGUCUGCCCCAGAGUGGAUGGCAAUAAACAACUUCAGUUUCCCCUGCAGAGAGAGCCCUUUUGGAAGAAUGUUGUGCCAGCUUGGCAAGGCCACUGAUGAUGCUCCCAUUGAAGGCUUUGGAAAAUAUUUACUUCAGUGUAUAGCACUGAAGAGGAAGAGAAGAAGGAUUCUGAGAAGCUGUUUCUGACAUACUACAAAAGACGAACUGUUUAACUUCUUAUCAAUAAAAAGCACUGGGUGUCCCUAAUUCCAUUUUUAGCUAGUAAAAGCUGAGGAUACUUGGACCUUAGCAUGAUCCAGCCUAGGGGGUCAGGGGUUUUUUUAAGUGGUUUGGUGUAAGAAGUGUUACAUGAACUUUUCAGGACUAAUUUAAUCCCAUAUUUGAUAUGUGGGUUUUGAGAAAAAACAAGUGUGUAAAUCAGAGGCUGCCAGAAUGUCAGAUGUUCUCCUUUCUCCCCACCUCAUGUUACAUAUCAGAUUCAUAGCUGCUUUUCCCAGGCUAUAGAAUCUAAUAUUUUUACAUAAAAGGCACAUUUCUUUAGAGUCAAUUCCAAACCCCUGUCCUUCAUUUUUAAUGUUCUGCAUUGCCUUUCCAAUCCAUAUUUGCACAUCUGCAUCCAAAUGCUAUAAACUGCUAUAAUAUGUAUCAGAUUGCCCCUAUUCUUUACCUGCAUGUGUUUCAAAUAAUUCACCAGUGUUUCUUUACCCUCCAAGGGUGCCAGGAAGCCCCACUUUAGGAAACUUGACUAUUAGUUUAUUUUUUAAAAUAUCCUUUUUUGCAAGCCCUAGACUUCAGUGUACAGUUACUGUAGCUCAUUAGGACUUGUAUCUACAAUUCAUGGUUUUGUUUUAUGAAUAAUUGGUAAUUUACUGUAACCUAAUUGUAAAGCAUUGGUAGAAGCUCUAGUGCACCAAAUGCAUCACUUCAGAUUCUGCCUAACAUGUCAAAGGCCUGCUGAUUUGUGAACGAAGUGGUCAUUUUUCUUAAAUGAGAAGUACUGCACUAAUAUAUAAUGCUGUAUUAUAGUCAUAUAAGAAUGAAUUUCCUGACUAAAAAAAUGCGUCUAAAACAUCUUUGAAAGAUGCAGACUUAAACCUUUAAAAUGUAUCCUCCAGUUCAUGCACCUACACUGUACAAGUGGCUGGCACUUGAUUAUCCCCUACUUCCAGACUGCAGAAGCCAGCAGUAUACUCACAAGAAUUUUAAAGACAGAUGGCUCACUUGAAGUAGGAAUUAUGCAAUACAAGAUAUGGAUGAUGCUCUUGUUAUGUUAAUGAAGUGCUCUAUACUGUUUUAGUAUAUGUAGUCACAAAUAGUAGGGAUUUUUCUAUCUCUUAAAGAACUGAUCAUGUUCUAGAUCUACAGUAGUGAUAUACUUGAUUUUUUUAAUGUGAAUUGUCAGAAAAAGCAAAGCUUGAUACCUCCCCCCCCCAAAAUGGAAGUGUACUAAAUGGGAUUAAUAUAGAGGCUUCCACAAGUGAAAAGGCAUGAAGAACACUAAUAUGUAUAUAUAUGUAUUUUUAUAAAGUUUUUUUUAUAAAAUGUGUAGGGAUGGUACACACGUUUCUAAAGUAGACUGGAAUAAACAAUCUUUACAAAA